AAGUGUAGAGAAAAAAAGAGCUAAUUCUAAUCUAAAAUCCGGUGAAGAAACCAAAUCAAAAUGAAUCGCAUGCUGGAGACCGUAAUCCAACGGAACGCCGCCACAACGGAGCGUAUUACGACGGAGAAUGUCCUGGGCUACGUAGUGUCGGACAACACCACCGGCAACGUGGCUGCCACCUCUUUCGACAAUACCAGCGCUCAGGGCUUGGUGAAGCACAUGAAUGGCAUUUUGGUUGGAGUUGUGCAGAGCGCUGUCAGAGAUCUGGAUCCGACCAAUAAGCUGUGCUAUCUACGUGUGCAAACACGCAAAUUUGAGUAUCUCAUUGCUCCAGAAGAAUUGUUUACCAUAACCGUGUUGCAGUAAGCAACUUGAGAGAAGUAUGUGUGUGUGUGUGUGUGUGUGUGUGUGUGUGUGUG